AUGGGUGAUUUUCGUGUCAAACUGGCAGGAGUGACAGCAGAAGUGACGUUGCUGCUUCCUUCUGUUGACGAAAUGAGAUUUUUUUCGUCUGGAGAGCUUGAAGUUGUGACCCCAAUGUUGGGUGAAGAGCGCGUAGCCAGAACUCACAUACUUGGGUAUGUUGAAAGGGCUUACUCUGAGAACAAGGCGAUUCGUCGCAAAAGUGAAGCUCUGAUGUCGUCAUCUGCUAAUGACAAGCGAGUUGUGAGGCUGCAGAACGACCUCGAAGCUCUUAGCAAGGAUUUAGAAAUAGAAAAGAUUGAACACAAGAAGGACGUCAACAAACUUAAUCAGCAACUCCAUGACUUACAACAUUCUUCUCAACAGCUUGCUAAAAUUAAUGAAUUGGAGGAGAAACUUUUGGCUGCUGUGACAGAAGCAGAACUGAUGAGGAACAGAGCGGACACAUUAGAGAGACGAACACUAGCAGCUGAGAGUUAUUGUGAUAAACUGAAACAAGAAAAUGACCGAUUACAAGCGGCUAAAGGCCCCACAGAUAUUCCGGAUCCACCGCCGGCGAGUGCGAUUCCUCCUCCUCCUCCACCGCCCCCACCUGGUCCACCACCACCACCAUUGCCAACAUUUAGGCCAAUUAGUGAGAUUGUGCAGAAGAACAAAAAGAAGAAGAAAACUGCAGAAGCACCUAAAGAUCCUCGUGUUGAUGCAAUGGCUGAGAUGAUGGCAAGGAUCAAGUCAGGCCAAGUCCUACUCAAACACUCAGACCCUCAAAAGAAACCUGGCGAUGCAGAAAAGAGUGCCAUGAAUCAGUUGGCAACCACAUUGAAAUUGCGUAAGUCGUUGGGUGGGGCAGCGAGGAGACCAUCAGAAAAGGCUGCAAGUUCUGUGACAGACGAGUUAGCUAUGAAACUGAAACGACGGCAACAGAGAGCUGGGGAAGAUCAAACCGACAACGGUACAGGAGAGGACAUUUUCGUCACUCCUCCAGCAUCUCCAGUCCCACGCGAUCGUUCCCUCUCGUAUUCUCCAAGUCCAUCACCUCUGCGUCUCAACAGCGAGGACCCCACUACUCAAGACCAGAAGGAUCGUCCUUAUUCAUUUUCGCCCGGUACCUUCCCCAUACGUUUCACCACCGACAAUCCUACUUCUCAAGGAUCUCGGGAUGAUGAGACACUGUAUGAGGAAAUCAACGUUACUGCAGUCAAACAAACAGCCAGUGAGGUUGACAACGUUUACUACGAGACGACAGUCGAUUUAGUGGAGAAGGGUCGUUCUACAGAUGGCAGUGAUGUGAAGACAGAAGCAAUUGAGGAGCAAAUCUAUUCGGUUCCUGAUGAUCCUGAGCAGAGUGAUGUGGCUCACGACCCGACGGGUGGAGACUGAGAUGUUAGGGUGGGGUUGGUUUGGUUGGACGACUGAUUGACGGUUGUCAUGUGAGGUUAGUCUUGUGACAAUUUUGGAUUGAUUGAGCAAUUUCGGACAUAAACUCUGCUUGCAUGAAUUUGAUUGAACUUAAUUUGUAGUGAUAUGUGUAGUUGCUGUUGGUAUGAAUUGGUGGAGUAUCGAUGAAGCAAAAGUCAAGAGUG